AUGUUCAAUCCAUCUGAACAUUUACCAUCAUAUCAGCAAUAUGUUACAUGUCCUACCCAAAAUAAAGCCUGUCUGGACCUCUGUUAUGGUAACGUCCCAGGUGCGUAUUUUUCCAAGGGAACUACCCAAUCUUAGGGGGUUUGGAUCAUAACAUGGUUCAGCUCAUCCCAGUCUACAAACCGUCAGCAGUGAGAGAAGGCUAAAACGGUGGAGAUUAACAGCUGGAAUCCUGAAGUGACAGAAGUCCUCCAUGACUGUUCUGAGUCCACUGACUGGGCGGCCCCGACGGGCAGCGCCGACGACCUGGAAGAGGCAGCAGAUACCGUCUCUGAGUACAUCCGUUUCUGUGAGGAUCUCGUUAUUCCCGAAAAGAAAGUCAAUAUCUUCCCCAAUAAUAAACCGUGGGUAACUCUGGAAUUAAAAUAGCUCCUCAACCAGAAAAAAAAAAGUGUUUAAAUCAGGUGGCUGUAAAGAGGAAAGGAAAAAUAUUCAGAGGAGACUCAAAAGCAAAAUGAAGGAGUGCAAGACACAUUAGAAAACCUUUUCAAGGACAAGGACAGUAAGAAAGCCUGGCAAGGGCUACAAACCAUCACAGGCUACAAACCAAAGAGACAU